AUUUGCCGCUAAACUUUCAAGAAUCCAUCAUUUUACGUCAUUUUAACAAUUUAAUACAACGACAAUGUCCCCAAACAAAAUCAAAGAUUUCUACAAUUGCGUUAACGGUUAGAUAGAACCCAAUUUCUCUGUUUCUGAGCGAAUCCCAUCACAUUUCUUCGUUCUCGAACCGAAUUCCGUUGUUUUUGAACGAAUCCACCAAAUCGCCAAGGUGAUCUAACUCAGCAAACCCAUCGUCUCCAACAAAAAACACAGAGUAAAUGUCCAUGGUAGGCAUUUGUUAUUCUGAUCUCCUUCUCAAACUAAUUUCUCAUCAAAUUCGUCAAAACCCGCCACCAAACUCUCUCUCCGGUUCCCAAUUUCUAGGGUUUCUGUAAAAUAUUUCAACAGAGAGAUAGAUAGAGAGAGAUGGAAGAAAUGGCCGGUAGAGAUAAUAUGCCGGAAGGGACGAUGCGAAAUGUACUGGACCAAAAAACUCUGAAGUGGGUUUUCGUUGGUGGAAAGGGUGGUGUUGGAAAAACUACAUGUAGCUCUAUCCUUUCAAUCCUUUUGGCUUCAGCCCGAUCCUCUGUUCUCAUAAUCUCAACUGACCCAGCUCACAAUCUCAGCGAUGCGUUUCAACAGAGAUUCACCAAGGCCCCUACAUUGGUUAAUGGGUUCACCAAUUUGUAUGCUAUGGAGGUGGAUCCCAAUGUGGAGAAUGAAGAAGAAGAAGGUUCAGAUGCAAUGGACGGUUUCCUUUCAGAUUUAGCAAAUUCAAUUCCUGGAAUCGAUGAAGCUAUGAGUUUUGCAGAGAUGCUAAAGUUGGUGCAAACAAUGGACUACUCGGUGAUAGUUUUUGAUACUGCUCCCACGGGCCACACACUUCGGUUGUUGCAAUUUCCAUCAACAUUGGAGAAAGGUCUUGACAGAAUGAUGAGCUUAAAGAGUAAAUUCGGUGGCUUAUUGGGUCAGAUGAGUCGGUUGUUUGGUGUUGGAGAUGAGGUGGGUGAGGAUGCAAUUCUUGGAAAGCUUGAGGGUAUGAAGGAUGUGAUUGAAAAAGUCAACCGACAAUUCAAAGAUCCGGCACAGUAA